AUGCAUCUCAUACAUCACAUCCUACCCUUGAUAUGCCUCCUAUUCCUCCAAGUAUUCUCCCAAGAUGAAGCUGUAGGUGAUAAAUACCUUCUCGGCGUUGGUCGUGCCGAUGUCACUGGGCCCGUCGUUGAGAUCGGAAUGAUGGGGUACGCCGACCUCGCACAGAAAGGAUCAGGGCUUCGACAGCGGAUACAUUCUCGAGCGUUUAUAGUUGCAGAUGUGAAUAGUCCGGAGGACAGAUUCGUCUAUGUGAGUGUAGAUGUGCAAAGUGGUGAUACCGCGAUAAGGGAUGGUGUUCUAAAGGGGCUGGAAGUGGCGUUUCCUGGCGUUUACGGGCAGAACAAUGUGGCUGUGGUGGGGACGCAUAGUCAUGCUGGGCCUGGUGCAUGGCUCAAUUAUCUACUCCCCCAGAUAACGACGCAGGGGUUUGAUUCGCAGUCGUACUCUGCUAUCGUGGAGGGCAUCGUUCUCUCUAUUAAGCGGGCUCAUACAUCGCUCACGCCGGGCUAUCUAUCCCUUGCUAAGGGACUAGUAAGUGAUGCAAACGUCAAUCGUAGCCCUUAUGCGUAUGAGGCAAACCCGGCGGAGGAGAGAGCCAAGUAUGAAGAUGUGGGUGGAGAUGUAGAUAAGGAGAUGACGGUUCUUUCUUUUAAGAAAGAAGAUGGCACGCCUCUUGGGCUCCUCAAUUGGUUCCCCGUUCAUGGGACCUCUCUCUACGGGAAUAAUACACUCAUCGCUGGGGACAACAAAGGCUACGCCGCUCUUCAACUCGAAAAAGAUCUCGGAAAUGGCUUUGUAGCUGGAUUCUCUCAAGCUAACGUCGGCGAUACAUCUCCAAACACUCUCGGCCCAGUCUGCCAGGAUACCGGACUAGAAUGUAGAUACGAGGACUCAACAUGCAACGGGGUCUCUCAGCAAUGUCGAGGUCGCGGCCCGGCGUUCCAAAUCUCUGACACGGAAUCGUGCCGCAUUAUCGGGCAGACACAGUACUUGGGAGCGAAGCAGAUCUACAACAGCGGUAGUAACAGUAGUAGUAGCGGCAGCGGUAGCGAUAGUAGCGAUAGUAGCGCAGCGCAGACACCCGUGUCCGGCGACGGUGGGAUCGUGCGCAGUCUACAUACGUUUGUCGACUUCGGAGCAGGGUACAAGUUUAAGCUCUCUAACGGAUCUAUGUGGAAAACAUGCAAGGCUGCGUUAGGGUUCAGCUUCGCAGCUGGAACCACGGAUUGGCCAGGUUUCGCGGAUUUCACGCAGAACGAUCCAGGCGCGCCUAGUAACCCGUUUUGGCUACUUGUUAGGAAUUUGUUGAAGAUUCCGACUAAGGAGCAAAAGGAUUGUCAUGCUCCAAAGCCAAUUCUGUUGAACGUAGGUGAAAUGGAUCAGCCCUAUGCUUGGACACCGAACAUCGUCGAUAUUCAAAUGUUCCGCGUAGGGCAGCUCGCCAUCAUCGUGGCACCUGGAGAAGCCACGACGAUGGCAGGACGUCGCUGGAAAGCAGCCGUAGUUGAUGAACUCGACAAGUUGGGAAUAAUUAGUAAAGAAUCCGGAUGGACGGUGCUCGGGGGGCCAGCCAAUUCGUACACGCACUACAUCGCGACUGCUGAAGAGUAUGCCAUACAGAGAUACGAAGGAUUCUUCGUCUUCUACAAUCUGUUCUUCUUGGCGCUUCCGGUUGCUAACUUUGGAGGGGAGCAUUUUUGCUUCAACCGCAUUGAAUGGAAUAGCUUGGAUGCGUACAUAUCUCUUUACAAGACCUACGCACCGUACCUCGCCGCAAAAGUUCCGUCAACUCCCCUGCCCACGGGCGCUAAACCGCCGAUCAACACCAAUAAUUCGAUCUCGCUUAUCACUGGCGUGGUGCAAGAUAGCCCGCCACUAGGAAAGAGCUUCGGGAGUGUCCUGACAGACGUUAUGGGUCCGUACCAGAUCGGCGCCAUGGUAAAGGUCGUCUUUGUCGGGGCGAACCCGAGAAAUAACCUGAGACUGGAAGGAACAUUCGCAGCAGUUGAAAAAAACGAGUCGGGGACGUGGGCCAGGGUUAGAGAUGAUACCGAUUGGAACUUGGUCUACGAGUGGAAGCGGACAGAGGAAUUGACCGGACAGAGCCAGGUUACCAUUACGUGGACGGUUGAAUCGGGUACACCGGCUGGGCAAUAUAGGAUUAGGUACUAUGGCGACUCAAAGGCGCUUUUUGGAGGGAAAAUCACGGCGUUUGAAGGCGUUUCGGGGGUGUUUAACGUAGUUUGA